AUGAAUCCUCAUUCCCAGAUGUCUCAGUUGCUGUGGGAAGUUGCACUAGCUGAUAUAUUAAGCAAUAGCUAUAUUAUGUUGCCUUUUAUAUUCACGCAUGGUGACAAGAAGACAAGUGGAGCUUCUUCCAAAUCGGGAGAGAAAAAAGCAGAAGCGGCAGAGAAGAAACCAGCAGUUGCUAAUGUCAGCCAGCCCCCCAAAACACAGACAAGUGAAGCAUCUUCUGCUGUUAAGCUCGGUGACAGCCGCGUCUGGCGGGGGAACCUGGUCAAGCCACCUCCAGAAGUGACCUCCGAAGGGGGAGAUGGGUUUGCUCGUCGUCCCUUGACGCCGAACGCGCAGCAGGGCUGGGGUGCUGAGGGCGUAGCUCCUGCGCAGGCCUCCGCGUCGGUGCUGUCACGGCGCUGUCGGGGCCUGACCCUGCCGAUUUGGGUUCCCUCCCUGGUGGUAGAAAUUGGACAGCAGUCCCUUUCUGUGGCAUCCUCAAAACCACAAAUUAGGAAGCCAUCUGAAACAAAGUCCUCACCAAAAACCAAAACAGAAUCUGGAAAACACAUGGAGUCAGCCAAGCCAUCAGACUCUCAAAAUAAACAGCCAUCUGAAGAGAGGCAAAAGGAACCCAGUGGUGCAAAAAACGAAACCUCACCUGUGACAACAACUUCUAAACCAAAGAAUACAGGAGAAGUAACUGCAACUCAAGCUGACCAGCCUCCACAAGCAACCUCCACAGAGACAGCAAAGCCAAAGUCUGAGAAGAUGUCCGUAGUGGCUGGUGCAGCUGGUGCAGGCACAGCCAGUGCAAGUGUGGUUACUGCACCUGAUAAGUCAAGUACUGAGCCUGAUAUGGAUGAGUCGGCACUAGAUAGCCUAAUAGAAACCCUAGGUGGACCUGAAGAAGAUGUGCCUACUACUCCCAUUUACACUGGUCCGGAAGUUACGGAAGAUAUAUCUUCAAGAUACUUGGAAGAAAUGGGUAAACGGGAAGGUAGUCUCCCUCCAGAGUAUGUUAAAUUGUUGAAGAGCAAAGGGGAUGGCAAAGAUGGAGUCCCACCAAAAGUAGAUGAAGGAGAUGAAAAACCAAUGACAGAUGAUGAGCUUGCGGAGGCCCUGUCAUCUGACUUUGCCUGUAGUACUGCUUCUGCUGAAAAAAAGAAGACAAGUCUGACAGAGAAGCCAAGUAAGGAAGGAGAAAUCGUGCAAGCACAAGCAGCAAGUUCAGUCAAGACAUCAGCUCCUCCUAAGGAGAAGAAAACAAAAUCAGAAGAGGAAAUGAAAGAUGAUGCAGUGGAAGCUCUUCUUGAUACUCUUGGUGGACCUGAACCUGAACCUGAAGAAGAUCUUACCCCUGUUGUAGAGGUGUCAGAGGCAAAAGCUAAAGAGAGAAAAGAAAAAAAGGCUGGAGAACGUGAAGAUACCAUACCUCCAGAAUACAGGUUAACACCAGAGUUGGAUAAAGAUGGAAAACCAGUCUUGCCAGAGCCUGAAGAAAAACCUAAGCCUUUGAGUGAAUCUGAUCUUGUUGAUGAAUUUUCAAAAGACUUUGCCUGCCCUGCACAGCCUGCAGUACAAUCCAAACCAUCGAAGCCCAGCAGCACAUCCAAAAAGCCUUCAGAUCCUGCCUCUGUAAAAACUACUGGGGAUGAAGUAGUCCCUCGGGCCACAGCUUGCACUGUGCAGUCAUCAGCUGCAUCUUCAGUGAGUAGUGUUGGUCAUGUGGCAGAUGAAGCACUAGAAGCCUUGUCCAGUAGCCUAGGAAAGAGAGAGCCUGAUCCAGACGAAAACAAACCUGCUGUGGACAAAGUUAAGGAGAAAACCAAACAGGAACAACACAAAAAACUGGGUGAAGAUGAAGAAACAAUCCCUCCAGAGUACAGAUUAACAGGAGCCAAAGAUAAAGAUGGAAAACCACUCUUACCAAAACCAGAAGAAAAGUCCCAGCCUAUGAGUGAAAAUGAUCUUUUAGAGGGUUUGACAGAAGGGUUUUCAUGUACCCCAUCACCAUCUGCACCAUUACCUACACCAACUGUAAUAAAGAAAACCAAGGAGAGUGAAAAGCCUGCAAGUUCCUCGGACGUUAUCUCUGCUGCUACAGUUUCUUCAGUGCACUCAGCAGCUCCUCUGGGUUCUACCUCAGGAGGAGAAGAGAUGGAUGAAGCCUUAGAUCUCCUGUCUGAUACCCUGGGACAGAGGGAACCUGACCCUGAUGAGAACAAACCAGUUGUGGAUAAAGUAAAGGAAAAGGCUAAAUCUGAACACAGAGACAAACUUGGAGAAAGAGAUGAUACUAUCCCCCCUGACUAUAAAAAGCUUCUGGAGUCAGGUGAGGAGGGUAAACCAGUAAAGCUAACAGCAAAGGACGAUGUGAAAAACAAAGGACGAAAGAAGCCUACAGAUGACUCUGCAGCUAUCGAUGCCCUAUCUGGUGACUUUGAUACUUGCGCAAAGGCUCCUGCCACACCACAGCGGUCGAAGUGUAGGACAAAAGUGGGAAGGAAACAAUCACCACUAAACCAACCCCAAAGGAUAAAGGAAAAUCCAAAGACCCUAAAACGGCAAAGCAACAGUCCUCCGGCAGCAAACCUGAGAAGCAGAAAACAAGCUAAACGUUAA